AAUUGGUAGUUACAAAUUAAUAGCCAAACUGUGAGUGUUGAUCGGUAAAUCGCAUUGUUGGCAUCAAUUCGAUACGAAUUAAAACAUAUUUAAUAUUAAAUAUAUUCUCGGAUUUUGUGCGAACUCUUUCAGAUUCAAACGACAUCAGCAAAAUAAGGAUUAAAAAUAUUUUUUUUUAAAAUUUGAAAAAUAAUUAUUUGUUAUAAAUUGUGAAAUAGAAAGAAAACAAAAAUCAAAACCAAAAUGCAUUUCAAAAUGUUAUUAAUCCUGUUGGCAUUUCUGACCAUCAAUAAUUUAUUCACAAAUGCAGAAGUUUUAAAGUGCUACUAUUGUGAAGGAGACGAUUGUAACGAUUUGUCUGACAAUAAAUUAGACUCCUGUCCUAAAACAAUUACUACAAAUCCACCUGACUCAACAACUCCUGGAAAUACUAACCCUACAACACCAACACAAGCUCCUGACGAUUCAACAACUCCGGCUCCAGACUCUUCAACAACUCCAACUCCUGUCUCUACUGUCUCUACUGUCUCUACAACACCAACAACGAUAGGAACUUCUUCAUCAACUGUUUCAGUAUCUGACUCUACUACAACAACUCUACCUCCUGUAACUACAACAACUGACGCUCCAACUACAAUACCAACCACAGUAAACUUAGAUUCUCUGCAGGAAAUUAGUAAAAAUGCGUUAGCAACAAAUAUACUUUUGCGCAACUAUCGUGGAUUAUCCCGAAAUAGACGCGAUACUGAUACUCCUCAAUAUGCUUGCUAUAGAAUUAACGUCACAGUUGAUGGCAAAACUAAGGAUCAGAGAGGCUGUGUUGAAUUCACCGAUAAAGCUUGUGAUAAGGUCAAAACCGAUCUUGGAGCUACAGAAACUUCGGACUGUUUUACUUGUCAAAACGAUGGUUGUAAUGGCAGUACUGCAUUACAAGUUUCCUUAGGAUUUAUUCUUAUGGCCCUUUCACUUAAAUUUAUAUAUUAAAAUGCAUUUAAUUUAAUUAUUAUUAAUUAUUAAUUUUAUUAUUAUUUUUCUGUUAACAUAAACUUAUAGCCAAAUUGUGUUUGAUUGUUUUGUAAUAAUUAAAUAAAAAUUAAAUGAGUCUGAAA